CAUCUCUUUUGGCUCUCUGCAGAUAAUAGAUCUGUGUCCAUUCUUUCGGUCUCUCGAGUCCAAGUGAUUUCUGACGUACUCCACGUAUUUGAGCACCUCCACGCCAGGCGUGAUUUAGUAUUCGCAAAAGAAAAAAAAAGAAGAAAUUUCACUGAGGCCCGGCGUCUACUUCCUUCGCACAGUUUUACUCGAUUUCACCACUAUUUUGACCCGUUAUGAAUCUGUGACAAUUCAACAUAACGUAGCUAGAAUCGAUCGGGUCAAACUCAAGGAGACGGAGAAACCUGUUUGAAUAAAUCAAGAUCAAAUGCAUUUCUCGACAUCUCUACUCCUAUCCGCUUUUCUGACUCUCGGGGCAGCAAUCUCGGAGGGAGUAUCGGGAAGUCGUAAUCAUCAGUACUUUCACCGGCGACAUGCACGGGUUGAUGGGGUAGCACCUGCGGAGGUUAUGCCCGCCGCGGUCGAACCCGCGGUAGUUGAGCCAGCCCAUGUUGAACCGGCUACGGUACAUGGCCCGCCGAAUAACGCUGUUGUGGACAUCUCGACACCGCCUAAUAAUGCGCUUAUAACAUCUGCUUCGACUAUUGUCCAUGUUACGGGUACAAGUAUUCAGACUUUAGUGCCUACGGCGAUAGUGACUGUUGUUGACGAUUCUACCCUUUUGACUUCAUUAUCUACACCGCUUGCUACUUCGGGGGCCAAAGUAGCACCUACUAAUGGUGGUACACACGAGCUCUCUUCCAGUUAUGGCGUCGCCCCCACGUCAACCUCUGCUACGGCGGAAACGGUGGUUUCGUCUACCCCCCCGGCCAAAGUAACAUCCAGCGUCGUUACAACUGAAUCGAUUGGUGUCGUUACUUCUAUUACUGAAGGGGGUUCUGUUUUCAACUGUAGCUCGACAUCAUCUCUUAUGCCACCUACCACCCUCAACACAACCUCAACCUCGCCCUCAAGGGGAGUUAAUGCCACAACAACACCAUUCUCCACUAUAACCGGUAACGCUACAAUCCACCCCAUAACAUCAACUCCCGUCACCACCAACACCACUACCAACACCACCACCACCAGAAAAUUUUCCACUAAAAACUCCUUCACGACCACUUCGACCUCAAUCCCCACAGCAGCGCGGUCCAGCUCCACGAAAACUUCCUCCAAGCACUCCACGCCCGCCCUACCGUCCCCCUCAACAACCUACAAGUUAACUCUUGCCACACCUUCUGCUUCCGCAGUGGCAUCACAGUCAAACGGCCUGGACAUGGGAGAGUUCAACAAGACAAAACCGUGCUUCGACAAGAAAUGUGAGGAUCCAGGGAGUGAAAUGACGUUUAAUAAGACUGUAACUUUCAACGUUGGUAGCGGGGGUGAUGGAGGGAUUAGACUGGGGAGGGGGCCGGACGUGGCUAGUGCUGCCACCGGGGGAAGGGGCGGUGGGACCUUGAGGACGGGAAUAUCAGUGGCGGUGGUGGUGGUUGGGGUUAGUAUUGCUCUGGGGGUUUUGUGA